AUGUGCUGGAAGCCGAGGGCCUCAAAACCAGAAGUCGAGGCAGGAUGCGGCAGUACAAACGUUGGAUCACCCCUUCGAGAGGAUCGCCAUCGCGACAUCGCUGGACCAUUUCCCGUGACAGACGCAGGGAAUAAAUAUCUCCUGGUGGCCAUGGAUUACUUCACGCGAAAUGGCCAGAAGUAUAUGCCAUACCAAACCAGGAGGCAUCUACUGUUGGCAGGAUGCUUGGUGAACGACUCUCGUCUGCCGGUACGGGGUACCCCCGUGAGCUACACAGCGACCAAGGGACGAACUUCGGUUCUAUCUAUCUUGAUGAGGGAUGUUCUUCAGCGUCUGGGAGUGCAUAAGACACGGACAACCCCGCUUCACCCGCAAUCCGAUGGGAUGGUUGAAAGAUACAUCAAGACUCUCCACCUGAAGGUCGCCAGUGACAAGAUGAAGGCUCGCUACGACCGAACAAGCCAACUCAGCUGGAUUCCAGGAGAACAACUUUGGUUUUGGCUCUACAGUCCCCUGCGGAGGAAGGGAAG